AAGCAGCCGCCGCCCCAGCUGACGGAGUGCGGCCGGGGGCUUCCCAGAGGAGGCGACGACGUCGAGCCCUUUCGAACGUUUCCACCCGGCUAGCUCACGUAGCCUCGGCCCCGCCCGGCCCCGCCCCACCCACUCCGGCCACCGCCCCCUCCCCGGCCUACACUUCGCGGGUGGGGCGACCUGCGACAGCCCCUUUAAGAGGCGUGGUCACGUGCUCCGCCCCCACCUCCGCCUCGCGCGCCAGUAAGGGGUGGGGUGCGGGAGGAGGUGCCGGGGCGGUGGGGGGAGCGAAGUGUGCGCUGCUGCGCAGGCGCGGUGGUCGGACGACAGACCGUGUGUUUCCAAAAUGGCGGCAGCGAUGGAUGUGGAUACCCCGAGCGGCACCAACAGCGGCGCGGGCAAGAAGCGCUUUGAAGUGAAAAAGUGGAAUGCAGUAGCCCUCUGGGCCUGGGAUAUUGUGGUUGAUAACUGUGCCAUCUGCAGGAACCACAUUAUGGAUCUUUGCAUAGAAUGUCAAGCUAACCAGGCGUCCGCUACUUCAGAAGAGUGUACUGUCGCAUGGGGAGUCUGUAACCAUGCUUUUCACUUCCACUGCAUCUCUCGCUGGCUCAAAACACGACAGGUGUGUCCAUUGGACAACAGAGAGUGGGAAUUUCAAAAGUAUGGGCACUAGGAAAAGACUUCUUCCAUCAAGCUUAAUUGUUUUGUUAUUCAUUUAAUGACUUUCCCUGCUGUUACCUAAUUACAAAUUGGAUGGAACUGUGUUUUUUUCUGCUUUGUUUUUUCAGUUUGCUGUUUCUGUAGCCAUAUUGUAUUCUGUGUCAAAUAAAGUCCAGUUGGAUUCUAGAA